CCGGGACAUGCCGUAUUCCCCGUUCCAUCGCGACUCAACAUGGUUCUGUAUCGGCUGAAGCGGUACAGCUGGCUGAUCUAGUUCCUGUGUUCUCCACGGACCAGGGGUGGUCAGUGAGCCUCAUCAUGAUGCCUGGGGAGACUCACUCAAAGACGGCUGGCAUUGCUUCAGAGGCAGCAGGGUCCUGCCAGAACUGUACAUCUAUGCAGCAGAGUUUGAAUGAAUAUGUUGCGGCUCUGAUUGCACUGAAGCAAAAAAUAAUAGAUUCUGACCAGCUGCUUGUGGAGUACCAGCAGAAAUGUGAUGAUCUUCAAUAUGCUGAAAGGGAGAAUGAAACCCUACGAUGUCAGCUGGAACAAAUGUUGCAGAAAGUAUCUCCUCAGGCACAACAUGAAGAGGAGCUAGAAUCUCUGAAAGCUGAACUGGAAGAGAAGACGUCAACUCUCAAGAUCCACCAGCAAACUCAAAUGGAGUACAUCAGGGUGAAGGAAGAGUGUGAAAAGAGUGUUAUCGUGAAGAAGAAAUUGGAAGCAAAGUUGAAGAAAAUGGAAGAGGCCGCUGCCAAACAUGAUGAAGAUUAUAAACGGCUGAAAAUGGAAAAGAAAGUGAUUGGAAAGGAACUAAAGAAAACACAGAAAAAGCUUGAUGGGGUCCAGAAUAACAAGAGCAAGAAGGUGGUUAUGAGAAAUGCACAGACUCAAGCUGCAAGAGAGGACCCUGUUGUGAAGCUUGAUAGACAGAAAAUCAAGUUUUUACUGGAAGAAAUCUGGGGAUGUCUAGAUUCUUCAACAGAGAAUGGUCAUUGUAAUCUACUAAUGUGUGACAAAACACGAGGAAGAAAACCCAAGAAUUCGAGAUGCAAACUAUCUCGCAGCCACAGUCUUGAAAUCGGUCAAACAUGUAACCCUCUUGCUGAGACAGAUAUAAUCCAAUUAAACCUGAGUACACCAGUUUUUUCACCUCACACUGAAUCUGCUGUGGUGGAAGUCAGUGAAGUCGAUGCUUUCAGUGAGAAUUUAACACUUAAUGUUUUGGACUCCAAAGAGCUGAGUGACUGUAGCUCAGUAAAUUCUGAUUUUGAAAGUGAUAUGAAUGAAAUAUUAGAAGUACAGGAUUGGGCUAAACCUCUCCCAAAACUUUUGUCACCUAUACAGUGUUCACCGUUAACAAUGGAGAAUUUGUUUGGGGAAUUCACAGACUCGAGUGAUACUGAGUGCAUUGGUGAACUGUAUCUGUUCAACGGUGUUUCACAACUAAAGGAAAAAAAUGUACUCCGGUCUGAGAAAAACAGUGAUUUGCAUGAAGAAGGUGAACAUAUGUUGCUGGCUGCAGGUAAUGUUGCAGUCAAACCAACAGGGUGUCCUAGUGAUGGUCCAGACCUAACCAUGGAUAUGGAGAUGAGCAUAAACGACAACCUUGAGACAACUUCACACAUAUUGCAAGAGGCGCAGGUGGUGACUCAGGAUCCCAUCCAUAUGGAAUAUGAGAACAGAUCUGAUCGGCUUUUUAACAGCACAGCAUGCUCUAAAGAAAUGCCAACUGACACCUUGAAGAGUCCUAAUCCAAAAUGUCAAAAUCCAGAAUUUUCUGAAAGACCCAUAGCUGAAAUUAAAGAUGCAAGUUUGUCUCUGGAUGCGGAAAAUGACAUUCAAGAUACAGCUUGCCGCACUGAAAAAGAGAACGUGCAAUUAGCAAAUGUAGUUAACAAUUCUACAGCUAGUAAACUGACUACUAGUUGUAUUCCAACAAUAAAUACAAUAGAGUCAAAUGACACUGUAGGUAAAAUUCAGUUUGAUAACCAGAUUGGUAGUGAUCAUGAAUCAUUUACAUUCCCUAUUGCCAGCAAAAGUCCCAGUUUGGAAAAUCUAGUUGUUCAUCACAAUUUAAACCCAGAUAAGGGAAUGCCAAUUUCUGUGGAUGGUCCUAUAAUUACUAUUCAAGACUCUGAUGAAAAAACUGUCUUGCAUAUGCAAUCUGAAAAUGAAAAGUCAAGCUCUUUAACGGAAUUGCAUAUCAAACAAAAUGCGUCCGAUAAUGGCAGUUUGCCGUCUAAGGAACUGAUUGAGCAAAGUUGUUUUAGUACUGUAGUUGUCGAUUUGUCUAAAUGCAGUUUAGAGCAUGUAGACAAAACAUUAGACACCAUGUCUUCUUUGAAUUUGAUAAAUCAAUGCACUGAACAGACAGCACAGCAUUGUAUUAUACCGGUAAGAACGCCAAAAAAUGACCCAAAAUCUAUUCUGAAGCCACUAGAACAAAGCCAACCAAGUGAGCCAUUAAGGCAGAUAUCACCUUUACUUAGUAGCAGUAAUCACCUGUCACUUUCAGAUUGUAGAGCACUUGGUGUAGAUCAUGAAAACACCAAGGAGAAUUCAGUAUAUGAUAAAUCUGAAGACAUACUCAAAAAACAAGAGACACAUCAUGAGGUAGAUGCAAUUACAAUGGACGGAGAAGCUGUUAAGGCUGUAUCUUUAAGCGAACAUGAUUCCAUUACUGUUAACGCCAUGGAGUCACUGUGUACAGUUAUAGACAACAAAAAAGAUGGUCUGGAAAAAUAUUUAUCUGAAAAAGAAAAAUUAUUAAAGCAUGAACCUAGGCAACAAAAUUGCUGUGACCCUAGGAUGGACAAAAUCGCCAGAACAUCUAUAGUUCAUAGUGAAGAUAAUCCACGUGAAGGGAGUUCACCAGAUACUGGUGAUCACUUUUCCACUGCAUUAGGCUUAAAUGUACCUCUGGGCUCAACAGUAGAUCUGAAUACUGAAACAGAGCUGCAGUCAUCAAAGGUAGACACUUGUAAUGCUUAUUCCCCAAAGCUGGUGAUUUGUGAUGAUCACUUAUCUCCACCUUCUACUGUACACCUGAAUGACAAGUGCACUACAUGUAUCGAUACAAGUACUGACAACUCUAGCCAUGAUCUGGAAAAGCCCAACCAUCAAGAUUCUAAUAGACUUUCUGUGGUCAUUUCCAGUCCUUUAAAUGUGGCAGUAGAUUCUGAGCCCAAUGCUGAAGAAAAAAUAAUUAAAACCCAGUGUCAAGAAGUAACUCAGAGUAUUGAAUCCAGCACGGACUUGAAUUUAAGCAUUUCCAAAAAGACUAACACAAUCCUUAGUCCACUUUUAAAGGCUGGUCUUAUUCCAGCCGAAUCCUCUAAAGUAGUGCCUGUUAUUCCACUGCAGCACCUUCAACUAUCUUCAGAAUCAAAUUACUCCUUUAAAAACAUAGAGAAGGAUAAUACUGAUACAUGUGAUGUGUCUCUAGAUAGCAGUGAAAGUGAAUAUGAGUUUCCAGUUCGUAAGGUGAACGUUACACGUGCAGCCUUAAACAAUCCAGUUGUUAAAAAUGAAUCCUUCAAAACUACAUCUGAUGUAACAAAGGUUGCUGAUAAUACUUUAAUACUAUUAAAUAAGACUGAACUAGAAGAGCAACCCAAACAUUCUACAUUAACCCAUGAUGAAAGAGGACAUGUUGCUACAGUAAUCAUAUCUUUAAAUGGUAAUGAUUCUAAAGUGGAGAAUGGUAUAUUGAUAAAAUCUGAAUAUUCAGUAUUACCCACUGUAGAUACAGAGCCAAAGAAUGGUGAUAUUAGUGAAGGACAUGUAGUAGAAUGCUCCUCAGAUGAAAAAUCUAAAGACAUCUCUUUGCAGGAGCCAGAAAGACAGAGUGCGGUUUCUGAGCAUGCUCGCACUGAUGAUGAUGCUGAAAAAAACAAGAAUAAUGCUGAAACCCGAGGUCAAAGAAUUCUUCCUGGUAAAAACCUAAUCUGGAAUUUUAGUAGACUUGAUGAUUUUGUUGAUCCCAGAGCGAGAGGUUUAACCCGAAAACAGAAGACAAAUUCUGAUAAUGUGUUUGCUAAAUUGGAAAAUUCUGUCACUUUACAAAAACAGUUCACUUCCAACAAUCUCAAAUCUCCUAGCUUUCAAACUGUACGAAAAGAAAAUCCUCCACCUAGGCUUUCUCAAGGGGGAAUAGUUUCUCUAACUGCACAAGUAGGGCAAACUGUUCUGGCAAAUGCUGACACCUCCACCAGCACCGGUCAUUCACCAGAAACUAUAAAUAAAGUAAGGUCUGAAAUGGGUCCACCAUUGCCUCCCCUACUUGGUCCAUUGUUGUCAACUCCUCCACAAACUGUGCGCACUUUCUCGCCCAUUAUGUCUUCCUCAAGUCGUUCAUCGUUGCCAUCUCCCCUUGAUGAAUUAAUUUCUCCUUUACCGGGGACGCCAUUUCCACCAUUGAUGUCGCCAUUAUGCGGUGGACGUAAACGGAAAUCUCCUGUAUUUAAUACUCCAUCUCCUGCUGAGAAAGCAAACCGAAGAAUAUUGUCUUCUCCUUUGCAGUUUUGUGCUGCCACUCCAAAACAUGCUGUUCCUGUUCCAGGAAGAUUGCCUCUUUCUGCUAAUGGAAGUUCUACAUGUAAUGUUCAAGAAAAUUCUGUGAAAAUUCUAGAUACCAUGUACCCAGAAUUGUCUGCACGGGCCAGGACUUUGAACAUAUUAAAGGGUAAUGUUCAGUUGAACAGGGGUAUGUCUGGAGAUGGCCAAAAUCUGCCUGUUAGCCAGAUAACUGGUUUUAAGUCAAUUACAUCCACCUCAACAGUAUUCAUAAAAACUGGGACCAGCAAUAAAGGGCAACCGAUCACUUGUGAAACUCAACUGUCAUCUGAGAGCUGCAAUUCUGUAAAUAAGAGAGCAAUAGAUACUUUCCAAAUGCCUAAAAGUGCCAAAAGACUAAGGCUUGACAGUGAGCCUCCUGUUGUGGAAAGUGUGAAAGACUGUUUGACAACACCUGCAAAGAGCCUAGAUACACAGAAUGUAGAGGAAUCCUGUCAAAACUUUAGAUACUGUGAGUCACUUCCAGAUAUUGUGAAAGACAGUAGUAUUGAUGAAGAUAUUAUAACAAAUGCUCUUAAAAAAGUAGAAGAAUUGUCUUUUGACCUUUUCCCUGUAAUUAAGAGCCAUGUUCACGCAGGGACAAUUCCCAAUGUUCCAGUAAUGAGAAAUGAGGAGAAAGAAGUGAUUUAUGAAUUCAGCAGCUCAAAAAAAGGUUUAGCUGAUCGUUUUUUACAUGUUCUUUUAAAAAAACUUAAUACUGGAAAGAUGUCAUUGGACAGUGUGUAUCUUCAGGCUUUGUGCAGAGUAUAUGUGGGUUUGUGUCGUCAGCUUGGAGACAUUGAAAGAGCAAGGAUUCUUUGCUACAGUAUACUUAAAGAAGAUUUUCCAGAUCCUGACCGACUACUCCUCUUUAUUGUCAGUUCAUGGAACGAUAUACUGUCCGUGCAUGGGGUUGUCAGUAAAGCAAUACAGGCAGUGCUUAAAAUCCUGGCAAAAGAUGAUGUUGGUUCUUGUCUGAGUGCUUAUCUGAAUUGGGAAAAGAGUGCACCAAUGAACGUAAGCGUCCUUCUGAAUAGUGUCCUUAUGGCAAUACAGCUGUAUCCUGAUGUCAAAUUUCAUCAAAGUGAGAAGUAUGGAGAGGAUCUGUCUGACAAUGUAUGGGAAUAUGUGUUCGCAGUUGAUCUGUUGUGCAGCCACCGGAAAUGGGUUUGGACCCAUGAAAACGUAAUCAGUAAAGAACUUUGGCCAAUUUUGGAUAAGUGGGUGAAGCGCAAAAAGGGCAACCUGACUGUUCAGUUUAUCCCAGACAUCAUUAUUGCCACCGUGCUUCGUCUUAUUGGACAUCUUUGUCAGAUGGGUUUGAAAGAAGGAUUUAUAACAGCUGUGAAGAACAUUACUUCUGUUAUUGUUACAUUCGUCAGCCAUGCAAAUGAAGAAGGUGUACCGUGGGGUGUGCAGUUGGCAUCGGUAUAUAUGCUGUGUGACACUGCUCCUUGUAAUCCAGCUCUUGUGCAGCAGACUCUCCAAGCAUGGAAAGGGACUACAAAGAACAUCAUACCACCAGCUGUAAUAAACUUUAUGCAAGAGAUUGCUUCGUUGUGUGUUCAAGAUAAUGGGGUCAUUUAAAUGUCGCUAAAGGGUUAAGGGGGUCCUGUUGUCGAGAUUCCUCAGCACUGGAGGAAAGAAGUGCCUAUUUCUGUUCUGUUUCUACUUAGUUUGCACUUUGAUAUUUAAGGAUGUAAAGCCAUUUUUGUUUCACUUGUAUAUGUUUGUUUGCCUGCACAGAGCUCCCAGGAAGGUUGUAAAUGUGUAAAUUAUUACUGGCUUGUAAAGUUUUUGUAGGAUACAUGUAUGUAGCCAAAGUUUUAUCUAUGGGAUGUUAAGAUGAAUGCUUUAUAAUUAUUCCCUCCCUCUUUGAACUGCACAGUACUGAAGAUGGCACUGCUCCUUUAACACCUGGAGUGCACAUGCCAGCAAUGUGAACCGGUACUGGGUUCUUACAUGUACUUGUAUCUUCAAACAGCUUAAACUUUGGGUCACUAUUGCAUUACAUUAUAUAUGUCCACUGUGAACACACAAUCUUUGACAGACAUAGGUUUUGUCCUAUAGGACAGCACUACCCAUUUCUGGUGUAUUGAGUGAGCAUGUGAUCCCUCCAUGAUAAUUGAUGUGGUUAAACUGACAGUCUGCCAUUUAUUACUAGAACAUGUGCACAUUCUCUACUAGAUGUAAGCAUUCUUGUAAAGGUCCAUCAUAUGUGUGUGCGAUUUUGCACGUUAUAGUAACAUGCUCUAAUUUAAUAGUGUUAUGCCAAGAUCUAAUGGUAGCCCCUAUCCACUGGAUAGGCGAUAGGAGUCUGGAUCCCCUCCCAUAUAAAUGGUGCAGCAUGCACGCCUCCACUCCAUUCAUCUCUGUGGAACUGCUGGAUAUGGCCCAUAGAGCCUGAAUGGAGUGGCGGUGCACAUGUCUGACUGCUGCUCCAUUCAAAGGGGGGGGGAGACACAUGGUCCCCGUUCUUGUAAUCGAUGGUGGUACUAGCAGUUGGAUAAGGGAUAAGCUUGGCACAAUCCCUUUAAUGUAUUAUUAUUUACCGAUCAAGCACGGACAAUUUAAUUUUGUUGUUCCACAUAUUAAGCAGUCCUAAUUUGAAGGCUAACAUGUUGCACC